UCCAUGACACUGUGAAAUUCGCCCUGAUGCAUACAUAACUUUGGCGAUAAGGCAAGGGUUCGAAGAUACCACACCAUCUCUGAAAUCAUACCAUCGGCAACAAAACAACAAACCCCUCAUCGCGAUACAAAGAUACCAAACAAGGGACUCCCAUCCUAAAGCAUCACCCCACAACAUCCGCCAUGCGCCUCCUAAACAUCGCCCUGAUAGGCGCCUCCGGCACCAUCGGCCUCCCGCUCCUAACCGCCCUGCGAGCCCACCCCACCUUCAUCCCCUAUGUCCUUAAUCGCCACUCCUCCAGAAGUAUCUACCCGCGUACCCGCGUCAUCAUGGUCCCCGACGACCUCUCCAUUCCUUCCGUCGCAGCCCUCCUCGAGGACAAUGAAAUAGAUGCACUCAUCAUCGCCAUCGCGGGAUCGCGCGUCCAAGAGCAGAAACGCCUCAUUGAAGCUGCGUGGCAAGGUGGAGUGAAGAGGGUGAUUCCGGCGGAGUUUGGGAGUUGUGACUCCGCGGACCAGAAGACGGUGGAAUUGUUGCCGUUGAUGGAGGGGAAGAAAAGGGUAAGGGAGUUUCUUGAGGAGGUGUGUGCGAGAGGGGAGGGAAAGGUUGGGAGGCCCAAGGGGAGAGGGAAGAUGAGUUGGACGAGUGUCGUUACGGGGCACUUUUUUGAUUGGGGGCUGGGCAAUGGGUUUAUGAAGGUUGAUUUGGGGGGACGGAAGGCAUGGGUUUAUGAUGGUGGAGAGACGAGGUUUAGUGCGUGUACCUUGGGAUUUGUGGCGCAGGCUGUGCUGAGGGUGCUGGAGAGGGAAGAGCAGACGGAAAAUCGAAUGUUGUAUGUGCAUAGCUUGAGCGUAACGCAGAGGGAGGUCGUGAAGGCGGUGGAAAAGGUUCUGGGGGAGGGGUUUGAGGUUGUGGAUGAGAGGUCCGAGGAGGCGAUUGCGAAGGCGAGGGCGAGAAUGUUGGAGGGGGAUAAGGAGGCGGCGGAAGACGUGGUGGCCGUUUGGGGCAUGGUGGCGAGUGAUUGGAGCGCAAGGGAAGGAUUUGCGAAUAAUUUGUUGGGGUUGGAGGAGGAAGUGUUGGAGGACGUGGUCAGGAGGGUGUGGGAGGAGCAUAGGAGGAAGUAGGAUACAUAGGACGCGUGUUGUCAACUUUGUUCUCGAGCUGCGUCAUGCAGGACUCAGACGUGUUGCCAACCCCAUUUGCAAUCGAGAGCCUUGCCCUAAACCCGCGAGAGCGGGACAA